AUGACGAUCACGUGCCCCCGCUGGUUCCUGACUAACCGCUCCGGCACCUACCGCGUGAACAUUGACGAAGACACCUUCAUCGUCACCGUCACGGCGGCCGGUACCGUGGCAAGGCGAUGGCUGAAUGAAACCAUGAAUAUUAACCAGGUCUCCGUCAACAACCGCACGGCCGUGGUGGGUCUCGGCGUGCAGUGGAGUCCCAGCGGCGCACAAGCAGCAGACACGGUGCAGUUGUGCGUGGGGCAACGGUGUUUGAUUUUCCAAAUCUCACGGGCGGAAUUCGUGCCGAGUGAACUGCGACACUUCCUGUGGAACCGUGGGUUCACCUUCGUGGGGUUCUGGAACCGUCACGAUAGAGCGAUGCUGUCGCAAUCGCGGCACGCGCUGCAAUUGAGGAGUGAUCCUUUGGAUUUGGUUCGAUUGGUUAGGAAUGAAGUCGCCGGUGCUCCACUAGAGAGGAUCGUUGAGGAAUAUCUGGGUUUCACUGGAGUGAGGCUUACUCGGAAUGUUACUAUGAGUGAUUGGAAUAGACCCCUUCUCACCUUUGCACAGAUUUUCCAAGUCGCUGCCGAAGCUCGCUGCGCUUACCUCAUUGGCAAUUUGUUGCAGGCUUGGCAAUUCAGGUAUAUUCACUAA